AUGGGAAACAGACCAAAACAAUUACAACCAAAAUUACAGCCAACACAAUUACAACCAAAACCAAAAUUACAGCCAACACAAUUACGACCAAAAUUACAGCCAACACAAUUACAACCAAAAUUACAGCCAACACAAUUACAACCAAAAUUACAGCCAAAACAAUUACAACCAAAAUUACAGCCAAAACAAUUACAACCAAAAUUACAGCCAACACAAUUACAACCAAAAUUACAGCCAAUACAAUUACAACCAAAAUUACAGCCAAAACAAUUACAACCAAAAUUACAGCCAACACAAUUACAACCAAAACCAAAAUUACAGCCAAAACAAUUACAACCAAAAUUACAGCCAACACAAUUACAACUAAAACCAAAAUUACUGCCAAAACACUUACAACCAAAAUUACAGCCAAAACAAUUACAACCAAAAUUACAGCCAAUACAAUUACAACCAAAAUUACAGCCAACACAAUUACAACCAAAACCAAAAUUACAGCCAACACAAUUACAACCAAAACCAAAAUUACAGCCAAUACAAUUACAACCAAAAUUACAGCCAAAACAAUUACAACCAAAAUUACAGCCAAAACAAUUACAACCAAAAUUACAGCCAACACAAUUACAACCAAAACCAAAAUUACAGCCAAUACAAUUACAACCAAAAUUACAGCCAAAACAAUUACAACCAAAAUUACAGCCAAAACAAUUACAACCAAAAUUACAGCCAAAACAAUUACAACCAAAAUUACAGCCAACACAAUUACAACCAAAAUUACAGCCAAAACAAUUACAACCAAAACCAAAAUUACAGCCAAUACAAUUACAACCAAAACCAAAAUUACAGCCAACACAAUUACAACCAAAAUUACAGCCAAAACAAUUACAACCAAAAUUACAGCCAACACAAUUACAACCAAAAUUACAGCCAACACAAUUACAACCAAAAUUACAGCCAAAACAAUUACAACCAAAACCAAAAUUACAGCCAAAACAAUUACAACCAAAAUUACAGCCAACACAAUUACAACCAAAAUUACAGCCAACACAAUUACAACCAAAACCAAAAUUACAGCCAAUACAAUUACAACCAAAAUUACAGCCAAUACAAUUACGACCAAAAUUACAGCCAACACAAUUACAACCAAAAUUACAGCCAAAACAAUUACAACCAAAAUUACAGCCAAUACAAUUACGACCAAAAUUACAGCCAAUACAAUUACAACCAAAAUUACAGCCAAAACAAUUACAACCAAAAUUACAGCCAAUACAAUUACAACCAAAAUUACAGCCAAUACAAUUACAACCAAAAUUACAGCCAAUACAAUUACGACCAAAAUUACAGCCAACACAAUUACAACCAAAAUUACAGCCAAAACAAUUACAACCAAAAUUACAGCCAAAACAAUUACAACCAAAAUUACAGCCAAAAGAAUUACAACCAAAAUUACAGCCAAUACAAUUACAACCAAAAUUACAGCCAACACAAUUACAACCAAAAUUACAGCCAAUACAAUUACAACCAAAAUUACAGCCAAAAGAAUUACAACCAAAAUUACAGCCAACACAAUUACGACCAAAACCAAAAUUACAGCCAAAAAAAAUCCAGUCAGUACAGUAUAUAUCAUUGGUCAGUACAGUAUAUAUCACUGGUCAGUACAAUAUAUAUCAUUGGUCAGUACAGUAUAUCACUGGUCAGUACAGUAUAUAUCACUGGUCAGUACAGUAUAUAUCAUUGGUCAGUACAGUAUAUAUCACUGGUUAUAUAUCACUGGUCAGUACAGUAUAUAUCACUGGUCAGUACAGUAUAUAUCAUUGGUCAGUACAGUAUAUAUCACUGGUCAGUACAGUAUAUAUCACUGGU